GACUACUUGUAGCAACAGCAUUAUUCGAUGGACCGCUUAGAUGACAACCUCCGUUAAAAUACAAGAAGACUUAUGGUUUUCAAAAUUCCUGGUAGUUCUAAACGCACCAUACGUGCUGCGUGGUUGAGUCGACACAGCAAAGAUGCAGCGAGAAAAAACAAAUAACUCAGGCGGGGCUGAAAAGUCUGACCGGGAGGCUGCCAUCAUGUCCAAGUACUACGAUGGAGUUGAAUUUCCUUUUUGCGACGAAUUCUCCAAAUAUGAAAAACUGGCAAAAAUAGGACAAGGAACCUUUGGGGAAGUGUUCAAAGCCAAACACAGACAAACUGGAAAGAAGGUUGCCCUGAAGAAAGUUUUAAUGGAAAAUGAAAAAGAAGGGUUUCCAAUCACUGCGCUCAGAGAGAUAAAGAUCCUACAGCUGCUCAAACACGAGAAUGUGGUAAACUUGAUUGAGAUCUGCAGAACCAAAGCAACUCAGUAUAAUCGCUACAAAGGCAGCAUCUACCUGGUGUUUGACUUUUGUGAGCACGACCUGGCCGGGCUGCUGAGCAACACCAAUGUAAAGUUCACCCUGUCAGAGAUCAAGAAGGUCAUGCAAAUGUUGCUCAAUGGAUUGUACUACAUCCACCGAAAUAAGAUCCUUCACAGAGACAUGAAGGCAGCCAACGUGCUCAUCACCAGAGACGGCGUACUCAAGCUAGCUGACUUUGGUUUGGCUCGAGCUUUUAGCCUGGCCAAAAACAGCCAGGGAAACCGCUACACCAACCGCGUGGUCACAUUGUGGUACAGACCUCCCGAGCUGCUGCUUGGUGAGCGAGAUUACGGCCCCCCUAUCGACUUGUGGGGAGCGGGUUGCAUCAUGGCAGAAAUGUGGACAAGAAGUCCCAUCAUGCAAGGAAACACAGAGCAGCACCAGCUAACUCUCAUUAGUCAGCUUUGUGGCUCCAUCACUGCUGAGGUGUGGCCAGACGUGGACAAAAAAUAUGAGCUGUACCAGAAAAUGGAGUUGCCCAAAGGCCAAAAGAGGAAAGUGAAGGAUCGUCUCAAAGCUUACGUCAAAGACGCCUACGCUCUGGACCUUAUUGACAAGCUGUUGGUCCUGGACCCCGCCCAGCGCACAGAUAGUGAUGACGCCCUUAACCAUGACUUCUUCUGGUCUGACCCAAUGCCGUCGGACCUGAAGACUAUGUUGUCCACACACAACACAUCCAUGUUUGAAUAUCUGGCCCCUCCUAGGCGGAGAAGUCACAUGCCCCAACAGCAGCCCAACCAGAACAGAAACCCCGCCACCACCAGUCAGACUGAGUUUGAUAGAGUCUUUUGAGAAACAGACAUUUUCUAUAAAUAAGUACACCACUGAUUUAUACACUGUUUUAUAUUCUUAUCUAAUGCUCUGUUUGUGGGUGAAAAGAGAGACUUCACCUGACAGUAGCCAUGCCAAGAGGUUUAAUAUUUAGCUUAAAAUGUAUCAAUUUUGCUUCUCAUUGAUUUUUGAUUGUCUCACGUGUCUGCUCAUAGCCAUGAAAAUUGUGGGAUAAAUCUCAAUCAAUCAA